UGAAUUUAUGCUUUUUGGGCUACAAUCAUUAGGUAGCAAGUAGAUAUGAUCCAAAAUUUGGUGGCUUUGGCUCUGCGCCAAAGUUCCCUAGGCCUGUUGAGAUAUGCCUCAUGCUUUAUGAAUCCAUGAAACUACGUGAACAAGGGAGGGUAAGUGAAGGCAACAAAAACAUGGAAAUGGUUCUUCACACAUUGCAAUGCAUGGCUAGAGGUGGAAUUCAUGAUCACCUUGGAGGUGGAUUUCACAGAUACAGUGUAGAUGAAUGUUGGCAUGUCCCACAUUUUGAGAAGAUGCUGUAUGAUCAAGGGCAGCUUGCUAAUGUCUUCCUGGACACUUUUACGGUUACAAAGGAUGCCUUUUACUGUUCUAUAGCUCGUGAUAUUCUUGAUUAUCUCAGGAGAGACAUGAUUGGGGAAGAUGGUGAGAUUUUUUCAGCUGAGGAUGCUGACAGUAGUGAGACUGAUGGUUCUGCUAAAAAGAAAGAAGGGGCCUUCUAUGUAUGGACAAGUAAAGAGGUUGAAGAGAUACUAGGAGAUCAUGCAGAUUUAUUCAAGACGCAUUAUUAUAUCAAAACUUCUGGAAAUUGUGAUCUUUCUAGGAUGAGCGAUCCCCAUAAUGAGUUUAAGGGAAAAAAUGUACUUUUCGAAAGAAAAGAUGUCUUUUUCAGGGCAUCGAAAUUAGGCAUUUCAGCUGAUGAAUAUGCUCAAAUUCUUGGGAUUUGCAGAAAAAAGCUUUUUGAUGCACGAUCUCGUCGACCUAGGCCGCAUCUAGAUGAUAAGGUUAUUGUUUCAUGGAACGGGCUUGCAAUUUCAUCCUUUGCAAGAGCUUCAAAAAUUCUUGAGGCGGAACCAAAAGAAACAAAAUUCCAUUUCCCGAUUAUUGGAUGCGAUCCAAAUGAUUAUCUGGAGGCUGCAGAGAAAGCAGCUCGUUUCAUCAAGAGUAAACUCUAUGAUUAUCAUACGAAAAGGCUGCAGCAUAGCUUCAGAAAUGUUCCAUCAAGUGCACCUGGUUUCUUAGAUGAUUAUGCUUUUCUAAUCUCAGCUUUGCUGGAUCUUUAUGAAUGUAGUGGUAGAAUCAACUGGUUGGUUUGGGCAAUUGAACUGCAAGCUACUCAGGAUGACUUGUUUCUGGAUGCUGAAGGUGGAGGUUAUUUCAAUACUUCAGGUGACCCUUCUGUCUUGCUUCGAGUGAAAGAGGAUUAUGAUGGAGCAGAGCCAUCAGGAAACUCAAUUUCGGCUAUCAACCUCAUCCGACUUUCUUCCAUGCUUGUUGGUGGCCUGUCAGAAUAUUACAAACGGAAUGCUGAACAUCUUCUGGUGGUGGAUCCUUCCUCCAAGAAGUUUUUGGAGUUAUCCGGCCACGGAAACCAGAUCAUCGACAUGGAUUCGUCGAGCCCCCUCCGAUCCGGUGUCACAUAAUCUUCAAAAAAAAA